CGCGUUCACGAGAUGCGGAGACUCUCUCUCUCGCGCGCGCGUGCGUGCGUUUGAAUACCGGCUUGAGCCGGUAGAGAGCUGCCGAGCCCGGCAGGAAGCGACCGGAGUCCCGGACAAAAGAUGCGCCAGGCGGCGGAGGAGCGAGAGUAGAGGAGGACCAGAGAGGCUCCGUCCGCCACCGCCGCUCCGCCGCCGCUCCGCCCCGCCGCCCCGCUCCGCUCCGCCGGCUGAAGCCAUGAGGCCCUCCUCGCCCUCCUCCCCCUCCGCCCGCCGCUGCUGGGGCCCCAACGUGUACGCCGAGGUGCCGGACGGCGGCUGGGGCUGGGCCGUGGCCGCCGCCUUCUUCCUGGUGGAGAUCUGCACCUACGGGACGCUGAAGAGCCUGGGGGUCUUCCUGGAGGACCUGAUGGAGGACUUCCAGGAGAGCAACAGCCGCGUGUCCUGGGUCAUCUCCAUCUGCGUCUUCGUCUUCACCUUCACCGCGCCGCUGUCCACCUGGCUCAGCAACCGCUUCGGCCACCGGCCGGUGGUGAUGGUGGGGGGCUUCCUGAUGAGCCUGGGCUCCGUCACCUCCGCCUUCGUCAACUCCAUCAGCGAGAUGUACAUCACCAUGGGCAUCGUCACAGGCCUGAGCUACAGCCUGUCCUUCCUGCCCACCCUCACCCUCCUGGCGCAGUACUUCUCGCGGCGGCGGGCGCUGGUCACGUCCGUGGCGUCCUCCGGGGAGUGCGUGGCCAUGUUCGUCUUCGCUCCAGCCCUCACCGCCCUGAAGCAGCACAUCGGCUGGCGCGGCUGCCUGGUGGUCCUGGGCGUCGUUCAGUCCGCCGUGGUGGGCUGCGGUCUGGUCCUGCGGCCCAUCGUGGUCCGGCCCGCCGAGCGGUGGGAGGAGGACGGCUCCGCCAAGGAGGCGCUGUCGCUCAAGCAGAUGGAGGCCAUUUACGAGCUGGAGAACGAACAGACCCGGACCUCCAUCAGCUCCGGGGUGUCCGGGGGGUCGGGGGACUCGGGCGUCACCUCGCUGCAGGGCUCCAACCUGGACCUGAGGACCGCGGCGGCGGCGGAGGACCGGCCGGGAGAGACCACGCCCGGCCCCCUCAAACAGCAGGGCGGCGGCGAGGAGGCGGGUCCUCCGCAGAGCCCCGCCCCCAAGCUGCUGGACUUCUCGGUGCUGAGGGACCGCGCCUUCAUCUGGUACUCGCUGUUCGGCCUGUUCGCCACGCUGGGCUUCUUCGCCCCGCAGCUCUACAUCAUCCAGCUGAGCAGGAGCCGCGGCGUGGCGGCCGCCGCCGCGUCCGGCAUGCUGUCCGUCAUGGCGGUGGCCGAGUUCCUGGGCCGGCUGUCCAUCGGGCUGGCGCUGAGCCGGGCGCGCUGCCGCAAGACCCUGGUGCUGCUGGCCUGCGUGGUGCUGCUCAGCCUGGUGCUGGCGGUCUUCGCCGCCGUGCGGGACUUCUGGGGCCUGGCGGUCUGCGCCGCGCUCUACGGCUUCCUCUUCGGCACGGUGGGCUCCACCCACAUCCCGCUGCUGGCCGAGGACGACGUGGUGGGCAUCGCCAAGAUGCCCUCCUGCGUGGGCGUCUACGUCUUCAUCCAGAGCUUCGCCGGCCUGGCUGGGCCGCCGCUGGGAGGCGUGCUGGUGGACCUCACAGAGAACUACGGCGCCGCCUUCUACUCCUGCGCCGCCGGCAUGGCGCUCAGCGCCGUCUGCCUCGCCCUGGUGUUCCCCGCCAAGUCCGGCGCCUGCUGCCGGCAGCGGGCGGCGAGCGAGGAGGAGGAGGAGCCGGACUUCCUGGACGUGGACCUGCUGCCCGAUGACAGUCCGGCGAGGCGGGCGAAGGAUCCGGACCUCGGCACGGACUGAGCCGCCGGACCUCCGUCCACAUCGGGACGGCGGCACGGCUUCAGGGCCAGGAAGAAAGACGGCGGCGAGCCGACGUCCCAACGACCCGCCGUCUCUCCUCCGAGACCAAAGACUGUCCGACUCCAGCCGGCUGGGGGCGGAGCCGUCUCAGGAACCCGGCCGUCACCCGACCGUCCUCCUCGUCCAAUCAGAGUCUGCAUCUGCUGCGUCUUCAGUACGGCGGCGAGCCCCGGCGCCACCUCGCCGCGAUGUGAGGAGAACCCAAACCCAGACGGUUUACACUUUAAUCACACGCCUCAGAGGACGGGCGGGCGGGCGGAGGGACGGGUGGAGCGAGCUCCUGAAAAUGACUCAACACUGACCCUCUUUAUUUAAACUCUUGGUUUGAUACGUCUUUUUUCACUUUGGAUCGUAGGAGGGGGAGGCCGAGACACUUGAAAUCAUUUUUUAAAUAAAUUCUACA